ACGCUGGGUCCGGUAAGUGACGUCGUAUUUUGUGUUAGAAUAUUAUUAGAAAAACAGGCGUGGUCGCUCUUAAUUAAUAGUACAAACCGCACUCACAUUAGCAGGUCCGACAAGUGCGUGAGUCAACGAGGAAAAUACAACAUUAACUGCAGCCCACGUCACACGCAAGUGAACUAGACAUUUAACAUGUCAUACCCUCCAUUACCUAACCAGUCGCCGUAUCCACCAGCGGCAGUGUCCAUGCCUCAGCCGAGCGCCGGUUACAACAUGCCGCAGCCAGGAGAGAGUGCAUACCCGCCGCCAGGAGGCUACAGUGCGCCCUACCCGCCGCCGGCCUCAUCCCCGGGGUACCCACCCUCGGCCGGAGGAUACCCUCCUCCUCAGCAGCAGGGCUACCCUGGCUAUCCGCCUGCAGGACAACCGGGGGGCUACCCUCCGCCUGGAGGUCAACCGGGGGGCUACCCUCCGCCGGCACAGGGUGGGGGCUACCCUGCUCCGCCGAUGGGCCAAGUGGUCACCCAGCAGCCGAUAGGCACAGGAGGUGGUGAAAACUGGAUGCAAGCCCCCCAAGGCCCACCAAACUGCCCUCCGGGAUUGGAAUAUCUGACCAUGAUUGACCAGCUCCUCGUUCACCAGAAAGUAGAGCUGCUUGAAGCUAUGACCGGCUUUGAAACGGCAAACAAGUACUCGAUCAAGAACAGCAUGGGUCAGAAGGUCUACAGCGCCAAAGAGAGCAGCGGAUGCCUCGUGAGGAACUGCUGCGGCCCCAACAGGCCCUUCGACAUGAAAAUCUAUGAUAACUUUGGAAAUAUGGUCAUUCAUCUUCACCGUCCGUUCGCUUGCCAGAGCUGUUGUUGCCCAUGCUGGUUACAGAGCGUGGAAGUGACCGCACCUCCUGGAACCUUGGUCGGAACUGUGGAACAGAACUGGAGCAUCUGGACUCCUCAUUUCAGCAUUAAGGAUGCAGCUGGCAAUGUUGUACUUAAGAUCAAGGGCCCCUUCUGCACUUACAGCUUGUGCGGCGAUGUCGAGUUUAAGAUCCUGUCUGCCGACGGAGAGAGGGAAGUGGGCAUGAUCUCGAAGCAGUGGUCAGGAAUUGCCAGGGAAGCGUUCACUGACGCUGAUGUUUUUGGCAUUUCUUUCCCCAUGGAUCUGGAUGUGAAGAUGAAGGCAGUGAUGCUCGGCGCCUGCUUCUUGAUUGAUAUGAUGUUCUUCGAGAAGAAGGGAAACAAAGAGAGCGACGGAGUGGGAAUGCUUUAAGUGUCCAUUUUUAUCCGAGUGAAGUACACAGAUAUUUACAACAUUUUCAAUUCCUUCCUAGAGUGGCAAAUUUUUUUUAAAUUUCUUCAUGAAGCAAAUAAAUAUUAAUCACUAAUUUACAGAUCACAGUCGCACAAAAAAAAUUAACUAACCCUAACGUUUUGAAUAUUUUUAAUUCCUAUGGAAAGUUUGAUAUGAAUUACUGAACAACACAUAAAAAUUGAUUUUCCACUUGUUUAUUUUUGUUCAAACUCUUUAUACUCUAAAAUUCGUUCAGAGAAUGAUUACAUUUUAUUAGUUAUAUGUUUAGGCUAUCGUCGUUUUCAGCAGUUUAUGCUGACAAGAGAUGCACACUCUGUCAGUUGGCCUUAAAGCUCUGGUUCUAGUUCUAUUCCUGUCAAAUAUUGACAACAAUAUGUGUCUUAAAAAGAACACAAUUUCGUCGUAAUAUUACAAUAUAUUAAGUGUAAAAUUAUGAUUAUAUUGCAUGUUGCGAAUGUUAUAACAUGGGAGCUAUACAUAUAAUGUCGCUGGCGCACAGAUUAUGGAAUACCAUCAAAUCUGUUCAUAUUUUGUCCAAUGAGUCGAUACGAAAUAUUAUUCAAUAAAAUAUAUAGUUCAAAACAUAA